AUGACCCGGACUCGAAUGACGACUGCUCUCGGGGAGGCGGAGGAUGAGGCGGAGCGGGCGAAGCGGGCGGCGCACGCAGAGAUGGCGCGCGCGCUGUGGGAGGAGACGGAGGCGCAGUUCGAGGGGCGGCUGCAGGAGUGGCGCAGGCAGAGCGCGCGCCUGCAGGGGGUGGCGCAGCGGAAGUCGGAGAAGCGCACCAGGCGCGCCAUGCGGCAAUGGGCACGCUCGCAGGGAAAGGCGAAACGGGCGCACACACGGGCGGCGGGAGUGGCGGGAGUGGCGAGCCCGACAGACGAGGAGCUAUUGGAUCUCAUGCCGGGAGGCACGCGCUCCUGGCAGAACCUUAAAGCCUCCACUACCCGCUCCUCCUCACCCUCUCCCUCCGCCUUCUCUGCUACCAUCGCCUCCUCCUCCGAUUCCUCUCCCUCCUCCUCCUCUUCCAAUUCCUCUUCCUCCUCCUCUUCUGAUUCCUCCUCCUCCUCCUCCUCUUCCGAUUCCCCCUCGUGCAACUGUUCUUCUUCUUCCUCCGGUACGAAAAGCAAGAACGACACGGCGACCCCAACGCCAUGGGAGGAGAAUCGCCCCGCGGGGGACUCCCCGUGCAGUCCCAGGAGCACCGGACCGGUGAUCAACGUCACCACUCUGGACCACAUUCUAUCGCGCACGCAGUACCCAUCGAACCAGACGGUCACGCUGGUGCUGCAGGCGUCGAUCACUCUCAACCACUCGUUGGUGCUGGAUUCGAACUUCUCCUGCACCAUCUUCCAGGCAGAUACGCUCCCCAGCGAGUAUGUGCUCGAGAUUACCACCGACACGGAGCCAGUGCUUCAGGUGCUCAAUGCGAGCAACAUGGUGUUUAUCGGGAUCGGCCUGAGGAGUCCUGUCAGAAACGGGUCAGCUUAUUGCGAGUCCCUGCCCGAGUAUGGGAAUCUGUUGGGGAACGACCUGCUGUGCCCCGCUCUGCUCAUCUACAGGUCGUAUGGCAUUCAGUUCACGCAGGCGUCAGUGGUGGGGCUCAUAGCAGGUGCUAGACUCGCUCUUUCUAUUCUCACUAGGCCCAUCUCCUCUGCCUGUUGCUGCUGCUGUCCCCUCCCCCGACCUUGCCUUGCCUGCAGGUCGUAUGGCAUUCAGUUCACGCAGGCAUCAGUGGUGGGGCGGAUAGACGUGUUCCGCUGCGCAUACACGAAGCUGGACUCGCUCUUUGCCACGGCGCCCUGGGACUUCCAGUACCACCCGGGGGUCAUCCGCAUGGGCAUGAGCGGCAUAGGCGUCAACCUCACCUCCUCCGAGAAUAUCGUCUCCAAUAACGAUCUCUUUGGCGCGUGGGAACUCAUCUAUCUCUAUCGGGGGACCAUUGGAGCUACUGUGAGGAACAAUUUCCUCCACGACUACCUCUUCUCAGGCUUCAGGUGUGGUGCAGACGUGCAUUUCGCGUGGGACUGUGCGCUCACAACAGUGAAGCACAACUUUGUGUUCUCCCCACAGAAGAAGAACCUCACAGGCGACUCUGCAGGCAUCUACUUCUGCACGCACUGGUUUAGCCCUGGCAACACGGUGAGCUGCAACUAUGUGAUCGGCGGGGACCACUGCUACUACCUGGACUACUGCACGUCAGGCGUGGCCAUUCAGGGGGGCGUGUGCCUGCAGCUGUGGGACGGCGUGAAGCUGAACAACGGCAAGAGGAACCACAUCCGCAGCCUGCUCAUGGUGGGGCUGGGGCAGAGCCCCGGCUACAUCACGUGCUUCACCGUCACGGUCAACCACUGUCGAAAGGACCCGGGGUCCUAUUGGGAGGCCAUGCGGAAGCUGUACUACGAUACACCGGAGAUUAACAAGGAAUGGCCAUGGAUGAAGCACGUGUGCCGGCAGACACGCAUCGGCGCAUACAGCUGCAACCCGCCCGGGCCCAAAGCGCUCACCGCGCACGAUACCGGCGCGUGCAGCGGAAUGGCGACGGAAAACGACGUAGAAUACAUUUGUGGUGGUGGAGUGGAGCUCUAA